AUGCCGUUACACCUUUUAGGGAAGAAGUCAUGGAACGUAUACAACAAGGACAACGUCGCGAGAGUGCGGCGCGAUGAAGCUCGUGCAAAGGCCGAAGAAGAGGAGAAAGAAAGGAAGCAACGGGAAGAAGAUGCUGAAAGGAGAGUAGAUAUCUUACGUGGGAAGAUAUCGACACCCUUGGGUGAGGAUGGUGAUGAAAAAUCUCACCGUUCUCGCACCCGUGAGAAAUUGCAUGGAGAGGUCAGACAUCGGAAGAGGAGGAGACUUGCUGGGGAAAAUGAUACAGAUCGCGACAUCCGGUUUGCAAAGGAAGAUGCUGAACUGACGCAUCAGCGUGCUGAAAUGGAGGCAUCUCGUCGGCCCGUCAACGAUGCCCCUAUUGUAGAUAAGUCGGGACACAUCAGCUUGUUUCCUGAGGAACCAACAUCUCGAAGACGCCGUUCAGACAAGAACCCCGAAGCUGAAGCUGAAACCGCAAGAAAGAACCAAGAGUUUGAAGACCAAUAUACGAUGCGAUUCUCCAAUGCAGCAGGGUAUAAGCAGCAACUAGCCUCUGCACCAUGGUAUUCUUCCUCCACAGCGGAAAUAUCUGCACAGAGUACCGGGCUGCCUACUACGAACGUUUGGGGAGAUGAAGACCCCAGAAGACAAGAGAGGGAAAAGAUAAGGAUAGCUACGAACGAUCCGCUGGCGGCGAUGAAGAAAGGCGUGAAGCAGUUAAGGGAGGUGGAAAAGGAGAGAACAAAGUGGGCCGAAGAGAAGGAGAGGGAACUCAGAGCUCUGAAAAAAGAAGAGAAGGAGAAACGGUGGAGACGAAGGCAUCAAGAAAACGGUAAUUCGGAUGAUAGCUUUGAUGGAUUUAGGCUGGAUGCUAGCGUUGAGAAGAGGGAAAGAAGACACCAUAGAAGCCGUUCUCGAGAUCUAGAUCGAGAUCGAGAUAGCAGAAGAGACAGAUCACGGCGCGGUGAGGAGUACCGGAAAAGGCACAGUGAUACACAUGAAUCCAAGCCGAGGCCUGAGAAAACUUCUGUUGCUUGGAGUCAAGCUCCAGGGAAACGAUACAGUGCUCAAUUCUCAGACACUUGA